GGUAAAGGGCAGCGGGGUGCCGGCCGGAGAGGAACUUCCUCCUGAUCUCGCGGGAGCUCGAGGCGUGACUGCCACGUCUCCGCGCACCGUGGACGGAGCGGAUCCCGGGCGCCGGUGAGCAGCGCGGCCCGCUGCUCCCUUACGGUGCUUCCCAGGCUGCUCCCCUGCAAACUUGUGGGUCAUAGAGACGCGGGCCCAGAGCGACCGCCAAGUGGCGGACCGAAGGCUAGAGCGGUGUCGGGGCGGCGGGGGGCGCCUCCAUCCGGGUAGGGAGUUGGGGGAUAGAGAGCCCGCCCCGGGAACAAUGUAAGAGGGCAGCGGGCCACGCCGAAGUGGACACGGGGAGCACGAGUGGAGCGCAGCCGGCCCCGCAGAGGAGGAGCUGAGUGGUCUCUGCCCCUCCGGUCGGCGCGAUGGCCCCACGAGCCCCCCACUGGGUGGCUGUGGGACUGCUGACCUGGGCGGCUUGGGGGCUGCUGGUGGCCGGCCACGGGGGUCGUGGUGACCCGCACAGAGACGCGGAAGAGGACUUGCAGGGCCACGGGCACUCGCACGAGGAUUUCCACCAUGGACACAGCCAUGCCCACGGCCACGGCCACACUCAUGAGAGCAUCUGGCAUGGGCAUGCCCACAGCCACGACCAUGAACAUUCCCACGAGGAUUUGCACCAUGGCCAUAGCCAUGGCCACUCCCCGGGUAGCCUCCACCACAGAGGACACGGACAUGCCCAUGAACAUAGCCACGGAGCCUCUAGGGAGGCCGGGGCUCCAGGCAUCAAGCACCAGCUGGACACUGUCACCCUUUGGGCCUAUGCACUGGGGGCCACGGUGCUGAUCUCUGCGGCUCCGUUCUUCGUGCUGUUCCUCAUCCCAGUGGAGUCAAACUCGCCCAGGCAUCGCUCUCUGCUCCAGAUCUUGCUCAGUUUUGCCUCCGGGGGGCUCCUGGGUGAUGCCUUCCUGCACCUUAUCCCUCAUGCUCUGGAACCUCAUUCUCACCACACUCUGGAGCAGCCUGGACAUGGACACUCCCACAGUGGCCAGGGCCCCAUUCUCUCUGUGGGGCUGUGGGUGCUCAGUGGCAUCGUCGCCUUCCUUGUGGUGGAGAAGUUUGUGAGGCAUGUGAAAGGGGGACACGGACACAGUCACAGCCAUGGACAUGGAGAUGGUCACACACACGGGAGCCGAGGACAUGGAAGACAGGAGUGUCCUUCAAAGGAAAAGCCCAGCUCAGAGGAAGAGGAAAAGGAAGCGGGGUCUUUGCGGAAGAGGAGAGGAGGAAACCCAGGGCCCAGAGACGGGCCCGUGAAGCCUCAGAACCCCGAGGAAGAAGAAAAAGCAGGUUCAGACCUGCGGGUGUCCGGGUACCUGAAUCUGGCUGCAGACUUGGCACACAACUUCACGGAUGGUUUGGCUAUCGGUGCCUCCUUUCGUGGGGGCCGAGGGCUGGGGAUCCUGACCACGAUGACAGUCCUGCUACAUGAAGUGCCUCAUGAGGUCGGGGACUUUGCCAUCUUGGUCCAGUCUGGCUGCAGCAAAAAACAGGCGAUGCGGCUGCAACUCCUGACCGCAGUAGGAGCUCUGGCAGGCACAGCAUGUGCCCUUCUCACCGAAGGAGGGGCAGUGGGCAGUGAAGUGGCGGGUGGUGCGGGCCCUGGCUGGGUCCUGCCGUUCACCGCAGGCGGUUUCAUCUACGUGGCAACAGUGUCCGUGUUGCCUGAGCUGUUGAGAGAGGCGUCCCCAUUACAGUCACUUUUGGAGGUGCUGGGGCUGCUGGGGGGAGUUGUCAUGAUGGUACUGAUUGCCCACCUUGAGUGAGGGGUGGGGUGAUCUGUCCUGCCCCUGCCCCAGCUCUACCCCUAGCUCCCAAAUAAAGACAGCUGGGAGCCCUGGCCAGAGUUACUUGCCAGAGGAAGGAGCUUUAGCCUGGGAGAAUGAUGCUUUGGGUGUGAAGGUGUGGCAGUCAUACAGAGCAGGAGGUCAGAGGGACCAAAGUUGGACACUGCCCGACAGUAUUGUCGGCUUUGGAGGAAUAAAUGGGCCAUGAAGCCUGGGGUGACAGUAGCCUGGUGGUCCCCACCUUACUUGUUUUCCCAGCACCAGCAUGCCACACAGGGCCCUCUAGGGUCCACCUCCCUCUGAACUGGCUAGUGGUGGCUUCGGGGAAGACCUGGCAGGAGUGGGUAGACAGCAAUCGUGUGUCCUGAUUUGGAAGUAGCAGGGUGGGAGAGUGUCCCUUGGUAAAAUCUCACGGCCUGAUUUAUUUUUGUUUCUAUUCCUUUUAUAUCACUGUUUGAAUGGGUAGGGAGGACCGGCGACCAGAAAUAAAGUACUUGGAUCUUCUGCCCA